GUCUUGUUGUGCUUUCGGACUGGGGUAUAUUACUUUAUUCUAGUUAUUUCUUUGUUUUUAUAGGUCCAGUCUUGUCAAGACGUGUAUUUAAGGCUCGUCAGCUUGACAAUUGAGGCCCCGCUACCCGUCGAUCAAUCACCCCACCUCGCACACCAGUCACCAUGGAAGAUUGGACUCCCAGCUCCUGGGCGUCGAAACCCAUUAAGCAGGACGUGGUGUACAAUGACCCUGCUGGUCUGCAAUCGUCGUUGCAAAAGCUGCAGGCUUUGCCUCCUUUGGUUACCCCGCAAGAGGUUGUCAAUUUGAAAAAACACCUGAGAAAUGUCGCCCUGGGCAAAGCCUUUGUCCUCCAAGGAGGUGACUGCGCGGAGCUCUUCGACUACUGUAACCAGGAUAUGAUUGAAGCCAAGGUAAAAUUGCUCUUGCAGAUGAGCUUGGUCCUGAUCUGGGGGGCCAAUCGGCCGGUGGUGCGGAUUGCGCGAAUUGCGGGUCAAUUUGCCAAACCCCGUUCAAGCCCCAUGGAAGUCGUAGACGGAGUGGAAAUGCCCUCCUUCCGCGGGGACAACAUCAACGGCUUCGACGCCACUCCAGAGGAGCGCAAACCGGACCCGUCGCGACUAGUAUCAGCGUACUUCCACUCGGCCUCGACCCUCAACUACAUGCGCGCGUCGCUCUCUUCCGGACUGGCAGACCUGCACUCGCCGCUAGACUGGGGCCUCGGACACAUCAUCACGCCGUCCAUCAAAGAGAAGUACGAACAGAUCGUAAACCGAGUCAAAGACGCCCUGCGAUUCAUGAACACCGUCGGCAUCGACACAGACCGCGGCUUCGAGACCGUCGAAGUCUUCACCAGCCACGAGGGCCUCCUCCUCGAAUACGAGCAAAGCCUCACCCGACUCCUCAAAAACCCGCACAGCGAGUCCGCGCGUCGCGCCGCCCACCCUCCAACCGCAACAACAACCUCGCAAAGCUACUACGCGACCUCCUCCCACUUCAUCUGGAUCGGCGACCGCACGCGCCAACUCGAAGGCGCCCACGUCGAAUUCUUCCGAGGCAUCACCAACCCCAUCGGAAUCAAAAUCGGCCCCAGCAUGACCCCCAACGAACUCACCCGCCUCCUCGACGUCGUCAACCCGUCGCGCGAAAUCGGCAAAGUAACCCUCAUCUCCCGGUACGGGACCUCCAAAAUCGCCCAAUACCUCCCCGAGCACAUCGCCGCCGUGCAGCAAUCCGGGCACAUCCCGGUCUGGCAAUGCGACCCCAUGCACGGCAACACGCAGUCGACCCCCUCGGGCGUCAAGACGCGCCACUUCAGCGAUAUCCUGUCCGAGCUGCGCCAGGCGCUGGAGAUCCACCGCGCGGCGGGGUCGUUCCUGGGCGGUAUGCAUCUCGAGCUGACGGGUGAGGCUGUCACGGAGUGUGUGGGCGGCGGGGAAGGACUCACUGAGGACCGACUGAGUGAGCGGUAUACGACGUUCUGCGAUCCGCGGCUGAACGAGAAGCAGGCGCUGGAGCUGGCGUUCUUGGUGGCUGGGUUUUAUCGCGAGAUGGAUGAGGAGGGUGGGAAUCUGGUGUAGUUGAUUUAUAGAUAUCUUUUCUUGCUUUUCUGAUCUAGCUUUUAGUGAGUCGUUGGAUAAACCAAACAGUGCAUGAGCGGUGC